CUCACCAACUCACCCCGCAAUCCACCAACCACCAUCACCAAAUCUCUCUGCCCCUAUCCAGCUUUCUCUCAAAAGCUCCGUCUGUCAGCAAUGGAGGUUUCAGGCGCUGCAGCGAAGGGAAAGAAGGGCGCUGCAGGGCGCAAGGCCGGCGGCCCGAGGAAGAAGUCAGUGACGCGGUCCGUGAAGGCCGGGCUCCAGUUCCCCGUCGGCCGCAUCGGGCGGUACCUCAAGAAGGGCCGGUACGCGCAGCGCGUCGGCACCGGUGCCCCCGUCUACCUCGCCGCCGUCCUCGAGUACCUGGCUGCCGAGCUGCUGGAGCUCGCCGGGAACGCCGCCAAGGACAACAAGAAGAGCCGCAUCAUCCCGCGCCACCUGCUGCUCGCCGUCAGGAACGACGAGGAGCUCGGAAAGCUGCUGGCCGGCGUCACCAUCGCGCACGGCGGCGUUAUCCCCAAGAUCAACCCGGUGCUGCUCCCCAAGAGGACCGCGGAGAAGGAGGGCAAGGGGCCCAAGUCCCCCAAGAAGGCCACCAAGUCCCCGAAGAAGGCCACCAAGGCUUAGGAACACGCAUAGGUUGAUGUAGGUUGCUUAAUGUCUGUAACAUUGGUCGUUGUUUGGCUAAUGGUGUCGAUGUAAUCUUUGCUGUUAAGAGUAAUGUCAGAAAUCUCUCUGAUCCGGAA